AUGAAAACUCAAAUGAUCACGAUUGACAUUGGAGAAAGUCUUGACUACAAUGUGUUCGCCACUAAACAAGUGAUUGAUUUAUGCAAACAAAUCAAGUCGUUGUCGUGUUUUAUUCAUUGCUCGACAGCUUAUAGCCAUUGCCAGAGACAGGACGUCGACGAGAAGUUAUACAAAGUCAACACCAAUCCAUCGGAAUUGCUUAAAAUGGCAGAAUGGCUGCCAUCGGCGACAUUGGAUCAGUUAUCGCUACAUCUGAUGGAAGGCCGGCCCAACACCUAUACCUAUACGAAAGCGUUGGCCGAGCAGUUGGUUGAGUACGAGUGCCAGGAG